GCAAUGUGUUGUUUGUUUUGGCCCAGGCGUUCCAAAAUUCCCCAUGCCUCCGCCAUGAGAGCUUCGCUUCUUGCCGCCCUGGCCGCGGUUGCCACAAGCGGCGCGACCUUCCAGAACAGGACAUCUCUCAGGGACGCGCUGGUCACCUGGGCGCAUGCCGCUGAGGCCGAGCGGCAGCUGCUGGGUGACCUCUGGGGCGAUAUUGAGGAGUGGGACGUCUCCGCCGUGACCAAUUUUAGUGGGCUCUUUCGAGGCCUCCACGAUUUCAAUGAGCCCAUCCCUUGGAACACGUCUGCCGUGGAGGAUAUGAGCUUCGCGUUCGAGGAAGCCACAUCCUUCAACCAGCCCUUGCCGUGGGACACGUCUUCCGUGCGCUCUAUGCGGGGCAUGUUCAAGCGGGCCACCAGUUUUAACCAGGCGCUCAGCGGUUCGCGACAUGAGCAGCAUGUUUGACAGCGCGUCCGCCUUCAACGAGGCCUUGGAAUGGGACGUCUCCGCUGUGACAAACCUGACUGAAAUGUUUCUCAGAGCCACGAGUUUCAACCAGCCGCUGGCAAAGUGGAACACCUCGGCCGUUGAGCACAUGACCGGGAUGUUCGUCCUCACUUCCUUCAAUCAGGCCUUGGACACCUGGGACGUCUCCGCUGUGACAGGGAUGAGUGACAUGUUUUUCGGAGCCGAGAGUUUCAACCAGCCGCUGGCAAAGUGGAACACGUCGGCCGUUGAGUAUAUGAACGGAAUGUUUUGGCAUGCCACUUCCUUCAAUCAGGCUUUGGAAGCCUGGGACACCUCUUCUGUGAGGAAUAUGGCCGCCAUGUUCGGCGCCACAAGCUUCAAUCAGCCGCUGGCAAAGUGGAACACCUCGGCAGUGGUGAACAUGAGCGGAAUGUUCUUCGCAGCCGCGGACUUCAACCAGGCCUUGGAAACCUGGGACAUCUCCGCUGUAACGGAUCUGAGUCACAUGUUCUACCAGGCAAAGAGCUUUAACAAGCCGCUGCACAAGUGGAACACCUCGGCCGUUCAGUACAUGUCCGCAAUGUUCUAUGAUGCCAUUGUCUUUAACCAGGACUUGGAUGCAUGGGACACCUCUUCCGUGAGAUCCAUGGAGGGGAUGUUCGUGGGCGCUCUUGCUUUCAACCAGGCCAUCGGCAGCUGGGACACCUCCGCCGUGACAAGCAUGGCGGCAAUGUUUCAGGAUGCUGCCAGCUUUAAUCGCGCCGUGGAUAGUUGGAACACCUCGGCGGUCGUGGACAUGAGCGCCAUGUUCUUCGCCGCGGUGGCGUUUAAUCAAGCGCUGAACUCCUGGGACACGGGUUCUGUGCAGUUCUUGGGCUACAUGUUUGUUCAGGCAAGGAACUUUAACAAGCCCUUGGACGAGUGGAACACCUCUUCGGUUGCACGCAUGGAAAGCAUGUUCUUUGGUGCUGCGGCAUUCAAUCAGCCUUUAGGCACGUGGGAUUUCUCAUCCCUACAAAGUGCAGCAGCCAUCAGUGGCUUUGUGGGCUCUAGUGGUAUGUCUGCCUGCAACCUCAUGUCCCUGUCCCAAGCCCGGGGGUUGCCACCAGAGCAGCAGAAGCUCUUGCAGUUUGCCAAGUGUCCGAGCUGCCACCAGCCACUUCGGCCCUGCGAAAGCUCAGAGCAGGCCUGCGUGGACAGCGCCUGUCACCCUGUGAACUUCCGCUUCGUGGAACUCGGCAGCGGUCACUGGGAGAGCGGCGGGCCCGGCGGGCAAUACGUUGCCAGAGGCUACCGCCACUGCGCCGAGGCAUGCGAUUCGUGGAUCAACUGCUCGGCCUUUGUUUUGGCAGAUGACCAGCGUUGCACCCUGCACACAGAGCAAGGCCUGCCCAAGAAGUACGGAGAAGGCACUUCGCUGGCCUUCUUGAAGCCUCGAUGUGAGUUCUUCUCCUGCCCGGCCGAGGGCGUCUUGAUAGAAGGCGAUGCUUUCACAGCGGCGUCUUGCUGCCGCUGCCGAAACCCCCUGAGGGUGCAGAACCUCAGCGCAGCCCCCGCGCUGCAGUGCGUCGCCUGCCCUGCAGGGUCACAGCCCAUCAAUGCGACCGCCUGCGGCCGUUGCCCACCUGGCUCCAUCUCCAGCACCGACUCGAGGUGUAAGCGCUGCGGUGCCGGUUUUGAGGCGAAUGAAGACCAAAGCAGCUGUGUGGAGUGUGCGGACGGUCACUUUGCGCGCGCAGACAUGGAUGCCUGCCGGCCAUGCUCCCUUCCGCUGAUGCGCUGGGAGGAUGAGUGCAUUUGGUGGCACCUGCCGAUCAUCAUCCUCUUAUUGCUGCUCUUGUCAUUCGGUGGCUUUUUAUGGAUCACUACUCUGACGAAGCGCAGGCAGAAGAGAAUCCAAAGACAUGAGGAGAAAGUAGAGGAGGUGCAGCGAAUGCUGGAAGCUGAACUGUGGGAGGAGGAGCCAGGCACCGUGCCAAAAUAUUCGGAGCAGUUGCAGGCCCUUGGCUGGGCACAUGAGGAGGUGCUUCAGAAAGCUGCCGAGAUCAGAAAGCGACACAGCAACCACGCAGGAGUCGGCCUGAGGUACCUGCUCUCGGAAUUUACCCAACUAGCACAGCAGAGGGCCAGGAAGACCAACCCGGAUUUUUACGAACUGAAGCAGGUAUUUUGGCUGGAUCCACAGCCACUGGGGGAGCACGUGGUGUGCCCGCGCGAUGGCGAUCCAGGGUGCGCUCUGGUGGACUUACUCUCCAAAUCACAUCGCAAGGCUCAGACGCAUUUUAUGUCAUGGACCUGGCACUACACUUUAGGGCAGCUGCAGAGCGCUUUAAAGAUCUGGAGCAGGUCCGUCCGUGAAGCCAACAAGGUCUUCUUCUUCAUGUGCUUCUUCACGAAUAAUCAGUUUCGGAUUUUGAGACAUAAAACCAGCUGUGGAACUGAUAAUUUGGGCAAAACGUUUGAAGAGCACGUACGCAGCAUUGGGCAAGUUGUUGCCAUCCUGGAUGACUGGAGUGAGCCGGUUUAUCUUCGGAGGGUCUGGACUGUCUACGAGCAAUACGUGGCCUACUCUGUCAAGGUUCCCGUGACUUUUGUGAUGCCAGAGCACGCCCAAAGGUCGUUGACACGUAAGAUCCUGCAAGGUGAGCCUGGGAUCAGGCAGGUCACCUCCUCACUUUGCAGAGUCGACUCUGCAAAGGCGGAAGCUCAUAGUAGAGAGGACGAAGUAAAUGUGAAGGCCAUCAUCCAGGCGAGUGUGGGCUUCGAGCAGGUUAACAAGCACGUGCGUGAAGCGUUGGUGCAGUGGAUCAGUGGCGUCGUCAGAAUUCAGUUCAACGACCUGGUGCGCCAGCAGUUUGAGUCGGAGGCCGCUGACAGGGAAGAAAUCUGCGGUGACCACAUUGUUGCCGAAACAUUCUGAUGCAUAUGUUGGGUCAGCGAAUCGACGGCACAGUCAGACACGCUUGGGGCAAUUAUGUGCAGUUGGUAUCUUUGUCUAGCUUUAGUUCCAGCCAGCGCAAGAGCCGCUUGCUGAAGUAAUUAAGUUAGCGCUUCAGGUUGCAGUGUUGCUUCGCCUCUCGUGGGCCUGCAACUGUCAGCCACGCUGUAUGCCAGAACUUAUCCUUUGCAAGUCAACAUGGAGCCCAACAAGGGGAUACCGUGAUACCCCCAAAGGAGACUCCGCG